AUUGACACCACUUUCGAGACUUCUGACAAGUUUUUUAACUUGAACAUUGAUGUAAAGAGAAAAUAUACAAAGAAAACUGGAACGACAAAGAAUGGUUGGGAUGAGCUUGAAAGGGAAAGGUAUACUUACUUACGGAAGAAAAUUCUUUCAACCUUUUACUACAAUGAGGAAUCCAAAAGGGACAGACCUUAGUGUCUGCAUUUUAAAAAUGUCCAAUGAUACAGUGAUAUAGAGGUAGGACUGAAUUGUGUGGAUUCUCUUUCGAGCUUAGACCAAUAGAACUAGCUAAUAACCCAAAACCAGACAGGUGUUCAUACAUCUGUAGACGCUCGAUUGCGCUGAUUAAAUAUCUAUUUUAGAUAUUUUACUAAUUAAGAGCACGAUGAGAGAUUAUACUCACGAAACUCGUUUAGGCGUUUUUAAGAACUCAUAUAAACGUUUCCGUGCGUUCUAGAUUAGACUGCAAUUUAGUUUUGGUUUUUUGAGGAGAUGGGAAAACUGGUCAGUGCCUGCAAAAAAACGUCUCGGAGCAAUGGAGAGAACGAACAAAUAAUAAAUAUUAUGGGCACCUUUUCACAUUUGCUUUUAAUUACAGUCAAACCAGGUCAAGCGUUCCCGUCGCUAACGAACUAAUGAAUUCAUUCACGGAAAAAUGAUUUCGUUUGUUGAUUCAAUAAUCCAUUCACAAAAUAAACAAUCCAAUAGUCAUAUUUAGCCUCGAUUCCAUAAUCGAAUGUUGAUUCGAUUACUGUUUUUUGAAAAAUUACACUUUCCACAAGUUGACCUCAGAAUUUUUUUUUUCCUUUUUUUUUUCUGAGAGUCGAGUGCUGGCGAGUUCUGAAGUUCAAACCCAAACAAACUGUUACAUGUACGCCAGUUUGCUGCCAAUAAUCAGUGCAACAGACCUAGGCCUGACCCCUUAGAAAACACGACGGUCAAACUGAGGUCAGUGUAUAUGCGGUGAUUGGUGGAUUUCGAUCCUCGGCCUUUGUCAGUUUCUUUGCGUUUGCGGUCUGUCUAUUCUAGCUGAUGUUUUGAUUAAAGGCAAUGAAAAACGCAAUCGUAAACGGUAGGAAAAGGGAAGCAAAUACGAUUGAACACAACAGACAAGAAUAAAGAACAGGUAGAUUUUGUUCAUAAACCAAAUCAACAUUUGAUUAUUGAAUCGAGGUACAAUUUGACCGUUGGAUUAUUCAUUUUAUGAAUGGAUUUUUGAAUCAACAAACGAAAUCAUUUUUCCAUUAAUGAAUUCAUUAGUUUGUUAGCGACGGGAAUGCUUGACCUGGUUUGACUGUAAAGUGCAUUUACUGUAAGGGAGUUUUUCAGUAGUAUGCACGACGUUGAUUAAUAUGACGUCACCGAAACUUUGUGUCAAAUUGCAGCACCAAUUUAAAAAGACCUGGAGACCUCAAAGAAUCAUUUGACUUCAGCGUUCUGGAAGAUGAAAACUUUGUAAGUGGCUGUUGCAAUUUUAUUUCACAAUAACAUUUACAACAGCACCUUGGAAACUCUGUGAGAAAUCGUUUAGGAACACUCGACUGGAACGGGUCCUCUGCUUUUUGCAGAAAACAUAUCGAUAGUUGUGUGGCUUGAUUUUCUGGCGGAACUUUCUCCUGAAGUUAAUCAGAACGGCGGCGAAUUUCGUUUUGGAACUAAAACAAUGGCACCAUAUGAAAUUGCUAGUAAGGCGGGUUUGAUUUUCGAAUGAUUACAUAUAGGAUUUUGUACACAGACUCACAAGAGUUAAAAGGAAAACUUAACACGACUUCGGUUUUGAAACGCUUACAAAUGAAUAUGGUGGCAGAAGCCACCAAUUUUGCCUCAAAUGUCAUUUUAGUUAAAAGUUACCUCUUCAUGAAGUGAAAAAUACCGAAAUGAAAUUUGGCAGGGGUUGUCAAUUAUUUCUAUCUGGCUCUGAUCUGCCGUAAAGUAAUAUUUAUCUAAUAUGUAAUCAAUUGUCACUUCACAGACCUGGCCGAACGAGGAUGUGCCAAACUUUCAAAGCACUGUUCGAACCAUGUUUCAGUGCAUGACAAGCUUUGGUUCAAGAAUGCUGUCUGUCAUAGCCAUUGGCCUUGAUCUGGUACGAUCGAUUUUAUUGUAUAUUUUUUUUCUUUUUUGCAUGAUAGGAUUUAAGCACUGAAAUGUAGUUUCAUUACUCUAAGUAAGAAGGAAAAUGAAUCUUAUAGAUAGUGAGUAAGCCACUUGACACUCUUAAGCCUCAUACAAACGGACGCAACAGUGUUGGCCAACAACUCCCACCAAUGUUGGAUGCUACAUGUUGCAUCCGUUUGCACACCUUGUUUGUUGCGUUUGGUUGUUACAAAGUUUGAAACCCGUCAAACGUUUAGCUACCGUUUGCACGUGGUUUUAUGGUGUGAAAUGAGAUGUAAAUUUUACUAUGUUGAGAGUGCUGUGAAGUGAGAAACUCUUCAAAUCUUUUAUGAUUAUAGUCAGAAUUUAAACCGGGAGGAGGGGGGGGGGCGGUUACUCCGGAUUUCAAGGGACAAGGAGAUCGAAGGAUUUUGUUGGGUUUGAAAUUUUCUAUUCCAGGAUUUUUCGGGCUACGAAAAUUUGGCAAGUAUUUUUUUGGAUGGCUAGAUUUAUGUAGGGAUUUUUUUGGCCAAUUAGAAUAAUCAAAAGAUUUGUGGAAGUGCCCUCGAUCUCAAAGUUCUGUGUUUAAAGUUCAACAAAACUUGUUUUCCUCUCUGGAGAUUUUUAAGGCUCAGAAAUUCGGCAUGGCAUUUUUGGGGGUUUUGUUGGAAGCCCUAGGGAUUUUGUGGGGUUUGGAUUUUUGGUCCCAUUCGGUCAUCCCUGUGACGUCAGAGACAAUUCUUAGAAAGAUCUGAAGACGCUCAUUGAAAGUUAACUUCUAAGCUUCUGUUUCUUUUAUUUUGUGAAUUAUUAGUGCGUUUUAACGAUUUUUUUUCCUUCCAUAAAACAGGUUCAUCGAGUGCUGAUUCCUGAGGAGGAAAUCAAGCGCAGAGUUCCCUGCCGAUCGUUGGUUUUGUUUCAUGACCCAGAUGAUGACACGAUGGUCACGUGUCUGGAUGGAUCUAACAAAUAUUCCCCGAUCAGAGCGAGAGGUUGGAACUAUCAUCAACUGCAUUCAACUUACAAAUAUUGA